UUAUGCAAAACAGUAUGAGCAACACGCCAUAACCACACACUAUUUCUUUGAUGGUUUUCUUUAUUCUCUGGUCUGCCUGUUGGACAUGAGGGUCGAAUAGGCAUGAAGAAGGGACUAAUGCAGCAAAAAGAGGAAAGCAAGUGCUUUCCAGCAAUGAUGUCUCUCAAAAUGGCUUCUCCACUUUACCUGGUUUUUCUGUUCAUGAUCUCAGGAGCUCUUGGGAAUGAAUGGAGUGUAAAAUACAGCCAAGAAAAUCUCUGUGCUUUAAACGGAUCUACAGUGUUUAUGAACGGCACAUACACACGCCCAACACGUCUUACAGUGACAAAGGAGUUUUGGUUCAUAAGAGAGUUUACUGACCUGCGUAAUGAACCAGGUUACUCAGACAGAGUGGAGUAUUUAGGAGAUGAACAGAAACACUUCUCCCUCAGACUGAGUGAUGUGAAGAAAACAGAUGAACACAUGUACUACUUCAGAAUCACAACAAAUGUAGCGAAACAAAAGUGGGCGGGUAAACCUGGAGUUAGACUCACUGUUACAGAUCUUCGGGUGAUCGUUCCAGAAGAAGUGACAGAGGGACAGUCAGCUGUUCUGACCUGUAAAACCACCUGCAGUCUGACUGAUCCAACAUUCAUCUGGUACAAAAACAGUCAGGAUUUAACCACAAAGCCCACCAGUGGCAAUGAAGUUCACCUGCAGCGGGUCAGCAGUGAGGAUGCAGGCAGUUAUAGCUGUGCUGUAAGAGGAUAUGAACAUCUCCCCUCUCCUGCUCAAACCCUCAGCGUCAGAUAUCCUCCAAAGAACGUCUCGGUGUCCAUCAGACCCUCUGGUGAGAUAGUGGAGGGAAGUUCAGUGACUCUGACCUGCAGCAGUGAUGCGAACCCACCUGUGGAGAACUACACCUGGUUUAAGGGGACGACAUCAGUAGGAAAAGGAAAGACCUACACCAUCUCCAAUAUCAGCUCUGAGGACAGUGGAGAGUACAAGUGCAAGUGCAGGAAUGAACUCGGAGAUCAGGACUCCAUCAGUGUAACUCUGAAUGUUCUGUAUCCUCCAAAGAAUGUCUCAGUGUCCAUCAGUCCCUCUGGUGAGAUAGUGGAGGGAAGUUCAGUGACUCUGACCUGCAGCAGUGAUGCGAACCCUCCUGUUGAGAACUACACCUGGUUUAAGGGGACGACAUCAGUAGGAAAAGGAAAGACCUACACCAUCUCCACUAUCAGCUCUGAGGACAGUGGAGAGUACAAGUGCAAGUGCAGGAAUGAAGUCGGAGAUCAGGACUCCAUCAGUGUAACUCUGAAUGUUCUGUAUCCUCCAAAGAAUGUCUCAGUGUCCAUCAGUCCCUCUGGUGAGAUAGUGGAGGGAAGUUCAGUGACUCUGACCUGCAGCAGUGAUGCGAACCCUCCUGUGGAGAACUACACCUGGUUUAAGGGGACGACAUCAGUAGGAAAAGGAAAGACCUACACCAUCUCCAAUAUCAGCUCUGAGGACAGUGGAGAGUACAAGUGCAAAUGCAGGAAUGAACUCGGAGAUCAGGACUCCAUCAGUGUAACUCUGAAUGUUCUGUAUCCUCCAAAGAAUGUCUCAGUGUCCAUCAGUCCCUCUGGUGAGAUAGUGGAGGGAAGUUCAGUGACUCUGACCUGCAGCAGUGAUGCGAACCCUCCUGUGGAGAACUACACCUGGUUUAAGGGGACGACAUCAGUAGGAAAAGGAAAGACCUACACCAUCUCCAAUAUCAGCUCUGAGGACAGUGGAGAGUACAAGUGCAAGUGCAGGAAUGAACUCGGAGAUCAGGACUCCAUCAGUGUAACUCUGAAUGUUCUGUAUCCUCCAAAGAAUGUCUCAGUGUCCAUCAGUCCCUCUGGUGAGAUAGUGGAGGGAAGUUCAGUGACUCUGACCUGCAGCAGUGAUGCAAACCCUCCUGUUGAGAACUACACCUGGUUUAAGGGGAUGACAUCAGUAGGAAAAGGAAAGACCUACACCAUCUCCAAUAUCAGCUCUGAGGACAGUGGAGAGUACAAGUGCAAGUGCAGGAAUGAACUCGGAGAUCAGGACUCCAUCAGUGUAACUCUGAAUGUUCUGUAUCCUCCAAAGAAUGUCUCAGUGUCCAUCAGUCCCUCUGGUGGGAUAGUGGAGGGAAGUUCAGUGACUCUGACCUGCAGCAGUGAUGCGAACCCUCCUGUGGAGAUCUACAACUGGUUUAAGGUAAACGAAUCCUCACCUGUAGGAUCUGGACAGAGUUACAGAGCUCUUCAGAGUGGACAGUACUACUGUGAGGCUCAGAAUAAACACGGCUCUGAGAGAUCUGCUGCAGUGUCCGUCACUUUAAAAGGGUUUCAGAACAUAGUUGUGGAUGCAGGAGUUGGGGUUGUUGUGCUUGUGUGUGUUAUUUUCAUCGUCAUCAUCUUGUUUCUAAGGAAAAAGAAGAGAAUUGGUUCAACAGCAGACCGAAGUUUAAAACAGGAUGAUAUUUAUUCCAACAUUGCCGUGACAAAGCCAAUCAACACUGUAUCUGAUUCAGCUUCAGCCAAUCAGGACGAAGUUCUGUACACCAGUGUGUUACACCAGAGAACCGCUGACCCCGGGAACGCUGAGAGUUCUGCUGUAAAAGCUUCUGUCUCUGAGGAAGAAGAGGUUCAGUACGCUAGUGUUCGAUUUCCUCGCACCGGUGCUGAUGACAGGCCUUCCAAUGCUGAGGAUCCCACUGUGAUCUACAGCAGUGUGAAAUAAACAACAUUCAGCCAUUUAUUCAACCUCACCACAACUUCCACCUGCUCAGUGGAAAGCUUCAGGAAACUCUCCAGAUGGACACAGUCAGAGGAGCCUUUUUUUUUUCAAUACCUUCUGAUGUACUGAUGUGUAUAUCAUGUUUUCUAAUGUAUACCAACUUUAAACUUCACAACUGGAGAACACUGGAUAACUAGGAAAAAAAUAUCUCGAUGAAACUGUAAGCUCCCAUUCACAUUUGGAAUAUUUAAAGAACUGUUUUUAUGUGACUUUUUAAAAUGCGUUAGCUUCAUGAGAUAAAUGUAAAUGUAGAUGACUCGCUUACGGCUCCUCGCUCCAAAUCCAGUUUGCCUCAGUGAAAAUCUCGAACCUGUUUAUAUUCAUCUGUUCAUGAUAAACAUCACAACAUCAGCAGACUUUGAUAGACAAUCUAAAAACUUUUUGUUUUUUUCUUUUUCUUUUAUCGAUACUUAAUGUGUAAAGUAGACCAUUUGGUGUGUGGGAGACACUUCCUGAACACAAACCACAAGGCCUUUUUCGGAGAACUGAUGCUGCCUUCAUGGUGCCUUGUAAGUGAUAAUGUGCAAGUUGUAAUAAAUUCAGUUUUCACGUGAGGACAUUCGAUGCACAAAAUGAGGGGGGGACAUGGAUGACAUCUUUUGUUUGCUCUGUCAGAGAAUGUAAAGCUCAAAAACAGCGAGUUUAACCAUAAUGUUGGUUCUGUUCUACUGGAGUGAACUUCAAAAAAUUAUGUUUAGCAGCAAGCUAGCUGGCUAACGUUAGCAAUAACUAAUGUUGAUUAUAUUUAUACCUUCUCAUUACUGUACUGUCUGUAUAUUAACUUAUCUAAAGCCAGUACUGUUAUAAAUUAUAAAUUAGUUUAUCAUUUAACCCUCUGGGGUCGAGAGCUUCUCUGGUGAAGCUCGGCAGGUUUAGAAUGAGUAGGUCAUGUAUUUAGAUAAAUAUCUUCAAGUUUUUUGUCAUACAAGCAUGAAAAAUGUAUUGACAGAAACUUUAUACUUUACACUUUCCUGUGUGCCCACUGCCAAAUAAUAUGAUAGUUUUUAAAUUACCUAAAUUAUAUGAAACAUAAAAUUGUCACCUUCCUCAGUCACACUGGAGUCGGAGUGCUGAGCGCGUAAUUAUGUGUAAAUAU